AUGUCUCCUUUACCGUCUUCCGUCACGGCGCUAUCUGCGCCGGGCAAGGUUCUAUUAACAGGUGGUUAUCUUGUAUUAGACCGCGGCUAUACGGGCACUGUGUUUGCGCUCGAUGCUCGCAUCCAUGUUAUUGUCCAGCAACUGAGGAGGGGUCACCGCCGCGGGGCAUCAGGCUCUGGGCCUACUCCUGGCGUCGAGGCAUCUCACUCGGGUGCUGAGGACCAGGAUGGGGAAGAUACCAUUGUUGUGCGUUCCCCGCAGUUCGUCAAUGCUGUGUGGGAAUAUGGUGUGCAGCGAUGUGGAAAUGGUGGGGGUGUCAAGGUCAUCCAGAAAGGAGAUGGACCGCGAAAUCCCUUUGUCGAGACAUCUCUCAGCUAUGCAUUGACUUAUAUCAGCUACGUUGCCGAUUCUAAGGAUUUCGGCUCCCUGUCUGUCACCAUCAUGGCUGACAGCGACUACUACUCGGAAACCGCUACCUCCAAGGGCCCGGCAUCGCAAGCACGUGGUGGGCGCUUUGUCAAUUUCGGUGUUCCUCUGUUCGAAGCGCACAAGACAGGAUUGGGCUCUUCAGCUGCUCUCGUUACCGCGCUUGUCUCCGCCUUGGUCAUUCAUCGCACCAUGCAGCCGGAGGACCUCGGUGCUGGUCGGGAUAAACUCCAUAACCUCGCUCAAGCGGCUCACUGUGCAGCCCAGGGUAAGGUUGGAUCUGGAUUCGACGUUGCUAGCGCGGUCUACGGUUCAUGCCUCUACCGACGGUUCUCGCCAUCGAUCCUGGAAUCUCUCGGCGAUGUAGGCUCGGCUGGAUUCGAGGAGCGCCUGUUCCCUAUUGUGGAGGACUCCGACCCCGAGCAUCCAUGGGAUACCGAGUGUGUUGACUUUGGUAUGCAGCUCCCCCGCGGGAUGCAGCUGGUUCUGUGUGACGUGGAUUGUGGUUCCCAAACUCCCUCGAUGGUCAAGAAGGUCCUCGAAUGGCGGAAUAACAACCGCAAGGAAGCGGAUAUUCUCUGGGCUAGCCUCCAGAAUAACAAUGAGAGACUGCGCCAAGAGCUCAAGCGCCAGGCUCAACACCCCGAUGCCAAUCCCGAAGGCGACUUUUCUGAAAUUCGCACCCUUAUUCAGCGAACUCGCCAGCAUAUUCGCACAUUGACCCGCCGGACGGGCGUCCCCAUUGAACCGAGCGUACAGACUGAGCUGUUAGACAGUGUUUCAGAGAUUGAAGGUGUUAUUGGCGGUGUUGUCCCGGGGGCUGGAGGAUACGAUGCUAUCGCGCUCCUGAUCCGGGAUGAUCCCACUGUAAUUGCGCGUCUGAGAGAUCAUCUUGCGAACUGGACGAGCUCGAUCGAGGAUGACUUUGGAGGCAAGAUCGGCAACGUACGACUGCUAGGCGUGCAGCACGGCUCCGAAGGUGCGAAAAACGAAAUGCUGGAGCAAUAUGCUGGUUGGGUCUAG